AUUAGAUGUCAAGAUAAAGAAAACAUCAGAACAUUCAUAAACCGACCUGCCCUCGGUGUAUUUCCUGGUGAAAAUUAUCCUCAGCGAGUCCAGAAUUCUCUGUUACGUAUUGCUCCCAAAGGCCAUACAGAGGUAACGACGAUGGCGUGUGGAUCGUGCUCAAACGAAAAUGCGUGCAAGGCAAUUUUCGUUUGGUAUCGCCGGAAACAGAGGGGAGAUAAGUCAUAUACCCCAGAGGAGAAGACGAGUUGCGUAAUGAACCAAUUGCCUGGUGUUUCUGACCUGACUCUUAUGUCUUUCAAAGGCGCUUUCCACGACAGAACGUUUGGUACGUUAAUCACGACUCAUACCAAGCCAGUCCAUAAACUGGACAUUCCUACAAAGGACUGGCCAAUUGGAACCUUCCCUCGCCACAAGUAUCCGUUGGAAGAAUUUGUGCGUGAAAAUGAGGAAGAAGAUCGUCGCUGUUUGGCGGAAGUUGAAGAGCUUUUUGAUCGGUACAACAAAUGUAAAUAAUAGGCUUACCUGGAUUUAGUUCGUCUGUUGCUACCGAAGUCAAAUCGAA